UUCGCUUCGUGUGAAGACACGAAGUGGCUGCCAUGUUGGAAACCGAGAUAGUAUUCGUAUUGCUGUCGCGUGAAAAAUACAUUUUUAAUCUAGCAUAGAAGCAACACAAAAUAUUAAAAGAAAUAUAUUUUAAUAACUUAACUGCUAAACAGCAGAGAUCAUUUGCCGCGCGUUGGAAGCUUUAUAUUUUGUACACACAUUGGUCAUGCUUCUGUGUUAGUGUCAUUAGUUGUUGCAGAAAAAGAAACAAGAAAUAGCGCGACGCUGCUGUUGCGUCCACUGCGUUUGGCAUUGUAGACUGUGUGUGUAUAUGCAUGUGUGCAUGUGUGUAAAAGAAGAUAUUCCCUGAUUGCAAAUCCCACGUGCGGUGGUAAAAUCGGCUUAAAGUUACCGGUGUUCAGAGGAACCAACAUGAGCAGUACAUCAAUAAAUAGCGAUGCCGGCGGCUCUAAAAUGGCUGUGGCAGUUACAACCGCGAAGCCAGCAACUCCUUCGCCCUCCCUGAAAGUAUACGACUUCGAUUUUGCGGGCACAAAAUUCGAAAUGGACGCUAGCGUUUCAGAGGAGGAGCGGCGCUUUUAUCUCAAAAUGUAUCCCACCGUGGAUGUGGUCAAUCAGCGAAAGGUCCAUUGCACCGUCUGUCGUUCACAUCUUGGCACGGCACCCAGCACGGAGAGCAACAUCAAAAUGCACCCCAUAUUGCGAGUCACACACUGUGUCAAGUGCCACGAUUUCUACAACAGCGGCGAAUUCUCCAAGGGAGAAGAUGGCUCUGAGCUGUAUUGUCGCUGGUGUGGUCAAGGUGGCGAGGUCUAUUGCUGUUCCACUUGUCCAUUUGUGUUCUGCAAAUCGUGCAUCAUUAAGAACCUCUCACGUGGCGUCAUCGUUGACAUUGAACAGAACGAGAACUGGAACUGUUUUAGAUGUACCCCAAAGAUAUUGUGGCCGCUCCGUGCCCAACAUUGGGCUCUAAUUAAUUACAUUGAGACACAAAAGAAUGGACUGCAAGCGAUGCCGCUGUCUGGUGAUGAGAUGCGGCGUUUGAUGAACAAGGACAGCAGCUCUUGCUGUCGGCUAGCCAAGGCGAAAGCCAAUAGUUUGUCCGACUCAAUGGAGAGCUUAGAAUCGAAUGCGUCUAAGCGUAGCCAUAACAGUUCCAUCACAUCGGUCAAGAAAUAUUCAAAGCCGCAGGGACCGCCAGCGAAACGUCCCAAGUCUUCUAACGAUGAAGUUGUUUGUACACCAGAUCUGCUGAGCAUGUUGGAGCCGGACUGCCAAAUCUCAGUUGCCCAAAAGUCUUCGCCACGCACUGUCCCCAGUGCCUCAUCUGGGACAACUAUCACAACAACACCGCGCAUUACGAGCGUACAGCAGAAUUACACUGGACCCAGUCCCAGUAGCAGCGGCAGCAACAACAACAACAGCAAUGGCAACUCAUCUGUCGCUCCGCGUAGCAGUUUACCCCCGCCACUCGUAUUGAGCAGCUCGGGCAUGCGUUAUCGCCAAAGCACGCCCAUUUCCAGUCCCGUGGUGCGACGCACCGUAGUGCCCAAUGCGGUGCGUAGUGCUGGACCCGUUUUCCAUACCAUUAACGGAUUUCGUGUCGAUCUUAAUACUGCAGCUCAACAGGACUCCUAUCGUCUGCCCAACGGUCGCCUUAUACAAGUGAAACGUCAAGUACCACUUGGAGGUCAACCGUCGACAUCACUUUCUUCUGCUCCCAUGCCGGUGACACCGCAGGUUAUUAUUCGUCAGCGCUUAGCAGCACCCCAGCGCAUGAUGCACAACAAUCCCAGCUACGGCUCCAACAUCGGCAUCUACAAUCCGCAAACCAAUCCACAGCAACAGCCACGCACUUCACAAAUCGUUCGAGUUAACAAUGGCAGCCAAAUGCAAUCCGUUAACAUGCCAACACCUCCAGCGCCGGCUGCCAAUAGUAAUGGCGGCACAACGAUUAUGAUGACUCCAGCGGCAGCAGCGAAACCACAGCCGAGCCUUGUGCGGCAUGUGUUCCCCAACACGUCGAUUGGUACGGCGCGCACUCAGCUGCAAGAGCAGAUCUUCAAUGCCAUGGAAAUAUGUACGCACUUAACGGGGAAAGUUCAAACGCUAACACACUCCAAUGCAUACAAUCAGGCUCGCAGUUAUAUGGAUCUCAAGGAGUUGUACAUACAUUUGUCCUAUCUAAUGACCUAUGCGAUUGGACGGUUCAAGCAGCUGCAGGAAAAAUGCUUGGUUGAUAUGCGAGAAAUGGGCUUUAAGAACGAUGCCAACAGCUUGGAGAACGGACAAUUAGCAGCAGAGAAACAAGCCAGCGACGAUGAGGACAAUGAAAUCGAGAUUGUAGAGCCUAAAACUGACACUAUUACUAUUGAUUCGGACAACGAGGAAGAGAGACCGUCAACAUCUGCCCAAUCCCCGUCAAAAGGCUUGAAAAUAACUGCGGUUAAAUCAACAGCCCCUGAACCUGAAUUGCCCAAAGCGGACCCAGUGACAGCCAUUAUUGAUCCAGCCAUGGACAUUGAUGUAAAUGCUUUUAGCUCAUCUAUACUAGCCAGCCUGCUUGAGGUCGAUAUAACUGAAGGUGUAGCUGAAGUGAAAACCAAGUCAUCACCUGGCGGCGCAGUACAAAAAAAGCAGCCCCGCAAGAAGACAACUAACAAACCAAAUCCAGCCUUGCUUCAUUUAGAACGUCAGCGAAUGGAGGAAAUCAAAAUGAAUGAUGCCAAGCUCAAAAUGAGAGUUGCUGUCAAAUUACGACGCGCAGAAGAUGAGUUUGAAGUAGCACGUCUAUGGAUCGAGGAGCAAAAAAAGCUUUCUAAAGAAUCCCAAGGGUCCAUCGAUGACACGGAGAAACAGUCUGAAAAUGUAGACGGUAUGGAACCAAUGCCAUCAAAAGACGAGAGUGAUAUUGCCAGUAAAGAUGCGAGUGAAGUGGAUCAUAUAAACUUAGAUGGUAACGAAGAUAUGAACAGAUCAAGAGACCCCGAAAAUAAUAAUAGUGAAAACCCUGAUGUUAAUACAGAAGAACCCAGAAUUGUAGCAGAUAAUCAGAUAAGCACUGAUUUUAAUUCAAUAAUCGAUGAAAAUGAAGUUAUGGCAGAAAUUAAUAAGAAUUCAAGUACUAUAGAAACUAAAGAACAAACUAAAACUGCAGAAACUCAAAAUGAUAAAACAGACUCAGUAAUUGAAAACCACUCAAAUGAAGAUAAAGAGUCUGAAAAGUUAAACGGAGACACAAUUGGAAUAACUGAAAACUCAACCAUGGAAAGUAAUGAAUUAAAUUCGUCUAACAUUGUCGAAAGCGAUAAUAUAUUAGCUAUAGUUACUGAUUCAGAUAAAGUAGAAAGCCAUGUCGAUUCACCAGAACCCGCAUGCACAGAAGUUGAUAAAAGUGCAACUAUUCAAACUGCGAGUGAAGACAGUUCAAAGACUGAUGCCAUAUUGUCUGCGGAAGAGGAAAUUGAGAACGAUAAGAAUUCUGGAGAAUUUAAGAAGACGGAAUCCGAAACCAAAUCAGUUAUCGAACCCACAGAAGUCACAAGCACUCAGCAUACAGAAGCUGAACCCAAUAAAAUUUCGUCAACAGUCGAUGAACUUUUACUGACAGAAUUGCCAGAUAAUGAGAGCGAAGUCAGGCAGAUACCACAGUCGGACAGUAAUGUUGAAGCUUUUUAAGUGUAUUCAUAAAAUUCACUUUUGCUAUAAUCUGUUCGAAGUGAAAGUAAAUUUUUCAUGGACAUUUACGCUAAACUCGAAUGUAAUUUGUUAUUAUAGUUAUAGAAACUUGCUAUUGUAAUGACACUAUUUAUACAGCAAAUAUCUUGUAUAAAAAUGCUACGCUUAGUCAUAAGACGAGCCAUUUUUGAUUGGCUCUCCACAUUUUCAUUUCAAUUAUCUUGUUUUUGUUUUUCCAUGGUACAUAAACAUAAAUCCAAUCAUUGACAUUAUAUAGUUAAUAUAUCUAAGUUUUUUGAUAUUAUAAUAAUUUCAUUUAUUCUUUAAUUUUAGAAAAAUAAAUACUUGGCGCAAUGAGAUUA